AUGUUAGAAAAUGAUAUGAUGGAUUCAGAGGUAGACUUUAAUCUCUCUCUUUUUUCUCUUUCCCAAACACACGGUGCCGCUUCUUCAAUCCCACUCAAUCUCAAUGACGUUCAUCAGCGGCUCAUCCUCCGCCGUCGCCGCUUUUUCCUCCUCCGUCAAAUUCUCCCCUUCUCACCCUCCCCCCCUUCUCAAUUCCCUAAAUGCACAUUUUCUCCCCAUCGAACCCCUCUCAAUCACCCUAAAUGCACCUUCCGUUCCGAAAACCCCCUUCCUCAAAACGCCGUCGUUUCAAAACCUUCUCCUCUCGAAAUACUCAAAACCUCUUCAGUUGACAGAUAUACAAAGGAGAAGAGCAGUAUCAUUGUUAUUGGACUCAAUGUUCAUACUGCUCUGGUUGAAAUGCGUGAGAAGCUUUCUAUUCCAGAAGCACAAUGGCCUCAAGUUAUUCAGGAGCUUUGUGCUCUUAAUCACAUAGAAGAAGCUGUUGUUCUCAGAUGAUGAAUUGAGGAUCGAGGAUAGACUCUAUAUCUAAGAGGAUCGAGGAAUUGCGAGACAAAGAACUUCAGCCACAACUUGAGGAGUUAAUUGAAGGGUAUGAUUCUUUAGAUUCCUCUUGUUUUACUAAGGAUCUUAUUCAUGCGAUUAACAUGUUAAGCUAUAAUAACCUUUGAAUAUGGAUCAACAUGUUAUGCUAAAUAUGAACCUGUUGCUUUGGUGUUUCAUAUGACUUAAUGAUUUGCUACU